UGCUCGUGCCGAUCGGUGAACUGCGGUGCUCGAUCGCGGCGGCGGCGGAGGAUAUCUUUUGGUAAAAAUUCUUCCAGUGAGUGAUCCAGUCGGCGGUGUGCCUCCUGGGUGGGAAGGUAUGGCUUCGACGUGCCGGCCAUCGGAAGGCGAUCCGAUGGGAGGAGAGGACGAUGAAAUUCCGCCCGGGUGGGAGAUGAAGGAUGGGAACUCGGACCGUGAUCCACCUGGAGGGGAUUGCGCGUCUACGAGGGUUGGCGGAGACGAAGAUGCACUGCCCGUGUUGAAAGCACGAGGAAGGCGUUCGAUGGUUGACCCAGAUGGCGGUGAUCCUCCUCCGGGAUGGGAGGCUGUGGCCCGAGCGAGUGCCCCUGAUGAAAAUUCUACGCCAGGAUGGAAUUCGCUGGGUAGGUGCUCGAUGAUUGGUCAAGUUCAAGAUGCCGCUGCGCCACAUUUGAAGCCGAUGCCAAAACAUUCCGGAUGCUGCUCAGAAGAUGAUGGUCGGCCUGGGCGGAGGGAGGGGAAGGAGGUGAACGACGAAGACGAAGAUGUGCCACCUGGAUGGGAGCCGAAGGAAAGGGACUCGAUAAGUGGGGAAGACGAAGAUGUCCCGCCUGGAUGGGAGCCGAAAGAAAAGGUUCUGAUGAGUGAUGCAGACGAGGAUGUUCCACCUGGAUGGGCACCGAAAGCAAGGGACUCGAUGGAUGUCACAGACGAGGAUGUUCCACCUGGAUGGGCACCGAAGGAAAGGGACACGGUGAGUGGUGCCGCAGUCGCAGAAGCUCCGCAUCAUCCAAUGUGCUACCCAGACGACGAUAUUCCAUUCGGGCGGGGGCCCAAGGAAAAGGAUCCAGUGACUGGCCCUGACGAAGAUCCCCCUGGGUGGGAGUCGGUGAAGAGGAACCCAGUCAGUGGGAGAGAUGGAGAUGCUCCUCUUGGGUGGAAGCCGAAGGAAAUGGAUUUUGUGACAAUCUCGUCCGAAGAAGCUCCACCCUCGUUUGAAGUCGCCGCUGAACCUCAACCUCCACCUGUGCAAUCUCCAGAAAUGGGUCAAAUGGUAUGCGGAAAUUGUCGGCAAUUGCUUUCUUAUGCUCGAGGUGCAAUCUAUGUUCAAUGUGCUUGCUGUCAGACAAUUAAUCUUGUGCUGCAAGCUCAUCAGGUUGGCAAUGUGAAGUGUGGUAAAUGUUCUGUCCUAUUGAUGUACCCAUAUGGAGCUCCGUCAGUCAGAUGUUCUUGUUGCCGUUGUGUGACUAAGAUUGGAGAGGACAAUAUUCGGCCGCCGGUUUCUGUACAUCAAGGCCGACUACAGUAGGCUUGUACUCUGAACUGAUAUUGUGAAGUCUGAUUGCACCAAGUUGUCUUCUUAUGGUUUGAACCAAUCUCCUGGCUCUGCAAAACCAAGAUAAAGAAAUUUGAAUUUUCUCGCUCGGGAAGAACUAUGGUUCCGCAGAGAAACGAAAGCAUUUAAAAGACUCAAAACAUGGUGCCUCCUCGGGCAUGUGUAGUUUUGGGAAGAUGAACCGAAGUUGAGAUUAGAUGUUGUCAAAGAGAUGCAUUCCUUCUUUCCCGUGAACGAAGGCAUAUGGCAUCAGCCUCAAAGGGUAUGAAAAACAUGCAUUCCAAUCAUUGCAAGGUACGAGAUCUCUCGGAUUUGAUAGUUGCCCAAAAUUGUAUGCUUGAUCAAUCACUAACAAGCAGGCUAUUUGAUCGGCUGAAGCAAUGAUCUCAAUGAACGAUAUUAACCCAUGAGGUUUCAUGAAGCCUACAUGGCAAUUGUUUAACAGUCCUGAAUAUUAGUGUAGAUGAAUUGCAUGCCAAGACAUUCAAAUUUGUAAUUCUACUUGUCAUUCCCCCUUUGCUGUAGAGUUUCCAAAAAUUAAUUAACAAGAAAAUUUUCAGUUUCCUCUGCCUUCCCCUUUUAUUUGUUUCAAUCUACUUAUUGUUGCAGGUUACUUUGUUUUAUAAGAGAAUUACAUGUUAAAAAAUCAACAUGAUGAAAAGAAUGGUAUAGUUUUGAAUGUUCCUGCUACAUGAGACGCUGAGCGUGCCAACGUAGCUACACCGUAGUCCACUGCAGAAAUGUCUGGCUCGCCUAUUUUCCACAUUUUUUUUAAUAGCAAAAUCAAUCUCUCUGCCACUUAAAUAAACUAUUUUCAAAAGGAAAAAAAACUUAAUUGUGAUUAUAAUCCAAGUCGGUUAGAUUUUCUUUGUCUUCUAGCUUCAUACUAUUUAUACAUCAUCACUGAUUCCCUGCUCAAUCCGUUACAGGCAUGAAGGGUUCUGGCGCCGUCACGGUUGCUUCAACGGUGAUCACCGCCGCAGCCUCCUACUCCACCGCCACCCUCUCCGACGCCAAACCCCACGCGCCAAGUUGCCAGGAGCUGGCAUCGCGGCAAGAACAGCAGCGACAACGGCCGCCGUCAGCGUCUACGAAGAAAGAUUCGCUCCAAUGUUUGACGGGUUGCGCUUCGUCGAGACGCUUGUCACGGCACAUCGAUGAGGAGGACGACGACGACGAUGAUGAAGGGCAUGGUUUCAUCGCUGUGCUGCUAACCGUGUGUAAAUAUUUGCUAUUGAUUAUGAAUGAUUGGCACAACCACUGUGAUCUUUUGUCUGUAUAAUUAUUGACCAGUUAAUCAGUUAUGGCUGAUAUUUCAUA